AUGCCGCCCCCAGCUGCAAGUCCCCCAGCCGUGCCCCCACCAGACGGGGGUUGGGGGUGGGCUGUGGUGCUUGGAUCUUUCAUCUCCAUAGGCUUCUCAUAUGCUUUCCCCAAAGCCAUCACGGUCUUCUUUAAAGAAAUCCAGCUUAUCUUCGAUGCCUCCUAUAGUCAGAUCGCAUGGAUCUCCUCCAUCAUGCUUGCGGUCAUGUAUGCUGCAGGUCCUAUCAGCAGUGUACUGGUUAACACAUAUGGCUGCAGGCCCAUUGUUAUGAUGGGGGGCUGCCUCUCUGCCACUGGCAUGAUCUUAGCGUCUUUCUGCAAUACCGUGGUGCAGCUUUACGUCUGCAUAGGAGUUAUUGGAGGGCUUGGAUUAGCCUUCAACCUGCAGCCAGCACUGACUAUGAUAGGCAGAUACUUUGCAAAGAAGCGUCCCAUUGCUAAUGGACUAGCGAUGGCAGGCAGUCCAGUGUUCCUCAGCACCUUAGCUCCUCUCAACCAGUACCUCUUCAACCAGUUCGGCUGGAGAGGGAGCUUCCUCAUCCUGGGUGGCCUGCUGCUGAACUGCUGUGUGGCUGGUUCUCUCAUGAGGCCUCUGGCACCUCCACCUAGCAAGGUGAAGAAGGAUGAAGAGCUAGCUGUUGUUACUACAACAACAAAAGAAAAGCGCACUGCCUGGGAAGUACUCAACAAGUACCUGGAUCUGUCACUCUUCAAGCAUCGUGGCUUCCUCAUCUAUCUGUCAGGCAAUGUUAUCAUGUUCGUGGGCUUCUUUGCACCUAUUGUUUUCCUUGCAGCCUAUGCCAAGGACAUGGGCGUGGAUGAGUAUUCGGCUGCCUUCCUGCUGUCAAUCCUGGCUUUUGUCGACAUGUUUGCUAGGCCCUCAAUGGGGCUAUUGGCUAACACACGUUGGGUCCGACCCAAUAUCCAGUACUUCUUCAGCUUUGCUGUGCUGUACAAUGGAGUAUGCCACAUCCUUUGCCCACUUGUGGAAACUUACACUGGUCUAGUUGUGUACGCAAUUUUCUUUGGCUUUGCCUUUGGCAUGGUCAGCUCAGUGCUGUUUGAGACACUGAUGGACCUGGUUGGGCCUCAGAGGUUCUCCAGUGCUGUGGGACUCACAACCAUUGUGGAGUGCUGUCCGGUCCUCAUCGGUCCACCACUAGCAGGGAAACUGGUUGAUGUCACAAAGAGCUACAAGAACAUGUAUUUUUGCUGUGGCGCUAUAGUGAUUGUGGCCAGUAUUUGGCUCUUCAUUGGAAACUUCAUUAACUACAGACUUUUGGACCGUGAGCGCAAGCGUGCAGAGAUGUACAAACGGACUGAGACAGAAGAUCCAGAUCUAGUCCAGGAUAAGAAAGAGGCUGAUGGAGAGACCAAGGCCUCUGAAGAGCUGAUGGACAAAAAGAAAGAGGAGGAACCUAUGCAGCGGGAAACCAACAUCUAA